CACCUUUUAUAUAGCCCGGGUGUAUAUAGAGGUAAGUGCACCCAAGGAGAUUUUUUUUAUUUUUUUUUUUGAAAAAUCAAGGGGAGUUUUUUUGUUCAUUUGAUAUAUAUAAUUUUUUAAAUGAACUAAAAAUAUUAAUUAAGUAGAAAAUAUCAGUAAGUGCACCUUACAUCCAUGCAUAUAUAAAUUUUAAAAAAUUUUUAGGCCUUUGGUGGAGGAAUUCCAUACUUGUGUUUAAUUGUGUAUGUUCUUUUCUUCUGUUUUCGUUUUGCGUGUUUUUUUUUUAUAUUAUUUAUACUAAGGGAAAGAGACAAAAGGAAUUAAAGGAUAGUCUAAUGGGUUAGGAGAAAAGUGUUCCAUAACAAAAGUCUGCCUCAUAUUAUUGACUUGCUUGAUGCCACAUACUUCCACAACAUAUGAAGGAAACUUCCAAGUUCGUCUAAGAUAUAAUUCUUAUAGGAAUCCUAAAUUAUUAAGUAAUUUAUCAUACACAAUUUUCAACCUAUUUUGCUCCAACCUUCUAUUUCAACUUCAAAGCAAAAUCCAUGAACUUUCCCUUACACCUUCAAUAAACCACCUGACCUAUUCGGCUUUUCUAACCCUUUAAAAGUACGUUAAUCCUAUAUAAAUUGACACCAUGCCUAUUUUCAAUCCAUCAAACCAUUCGCGAAUUUCCUCCGUGCUAGCAAAGCGGUAAUAUUCGAUAAAUAAGUUAAUAUUAUUACAAUGGAGAAGGCAUCAUCAUCAUCAUCUUACAACACACUUUCCUCAAAUUUCCUUGAUUUAAUUUUCCUACAUGUUAUUUUUGACUUGAAACAUAACUUGUCAAAUUUCUUCAUGAGUUCUUGGUCACUUUUUCAUGCAAAAUUUCAUUUCUUCAACUCUUCUGAGGCCAUCAUGUUUGAGCCGAAGAGCAACAAUAUUAUUGUAAGGAAGCAAUCUUUGAUUAGCUCGAACAAUGUAUCUAUUGAUCAUGAUGAUGAUUGCUUGUUUGGAUGCGAUAUAAACAUGAUCAUGGAAAGACUUGGAAUUCAACAUAGUUUUGAAGGAGAAGAGCUUCAAAAGAAGUGGGAUUGUAAAGAAUUAUCUAAUUUAUUUGAAGAUGAACCAAGUUUGGAAGAGGUAAAAGAAGCUUUCGAUGUAUUUGAUCAAAAUAAAGAUGGGUUUAUUGAUGCAGGGGAAUUACAGAGAGUGCUUUGUGUUUUAGGGAUAAGAAAAGGGGUAGAGUUGCAAGAUUGUAGGAAAAUGAUUAAGGGUUUUGAUCAAAAUAAUGAUGGGAAAAUAGAUUUUAAUGAGUUUGUAGGCUUUAUGUUAAAGACUUUUAAUUGAAAUAUAUAUUUAUAUUUUUUUUA